AUGAUAGACAACAGAAUGUCAUUAAAUGCAAAGAAUCUAACUUCAACUGCUUUGCCUCCUGACAAAGAUAAUCCUCCACAGAGUAUCCCUCUCUAUUCAAUGGACAGAAGAUACAAAUUGGUCAAAGAAUUGGGCAAUGGCUCCUUCGGCUCUGUAUCCUUGGCAAAGGCCAACUACGAUUUUUUGAACUUAUAUAAUAAUAAUUUGAAGAUUAAAAAUACUCUACUAGAUCCACAAGGUAUGUCACACGAAAAUGUAAUCAAUAAAUCAAAAAGAUUGGUCGCAAUAAAAACAAUGAUCACAAAAUUGCCUACUCUACACGACUACACAAGAGUAAGAGAAAUAAAAUUCAUCUUAGCAAUACCUUCAAGUAGAUAUCUAAUCCAAAUGUUCGAAAUCUUUAUCGAUACAUCGGAUUUCCAUCUACACAUCGUAAUGGAAUGUAUGGAACAAAAUCUAUAUCAAAUGAUGAGACACAGAAAAAGAAGAGUCUUCUCCAUUCCUUCUUUGAAAUCAAUUUUAGCUCAAGUUUUGGCAGGAAUUAAACAUAUCCAUUCUCACAACUUCUUUCACAGAGAUAUAAAACCAGAAAAUAUCUUAAUCUCGCCAAGUGCGAAAUAUUUCGAUAAAUUCUUCCUACAACAGGGGAAUUAUCAAGAUAAUUACGUGGUGAAAUUAGCCGAUUUUGGGUUAUCCCGCCAUGUCAAUAAUAAGAACCCUUACACAGCUUACGUAUCAACUCGUUGGUACAGAUCUCCAGAAAUCUUGCUGCGCAGCGGUUACUACUCAAGACCUUUGGAUAUCUGGGCAUUCGGGUGCGUCGCAGUAGAAGUCACAAUGUUUAAACCUUUAUUCCCAGGUUUAAGCGAAAUGGAUCAAAUUUGGAAAAUUAUAGAAGUUUUAGGAACUCCUCAUAGAACUAAAGAAAGCAAAAUCACAGGUUAUAAACCUCACGGAGGUUCAUGGGAAAUUGCAAAAGAUUUAGCUCAUAGUUUAAACCUGCAAUUCCCAUAUCUAGAGGGGAAAUCUUUCGAAUCUAUCAUUUGUUGUUCACAAUUGAAAAACUUGAUCGAAGUAAUAAAAUAUUGUUUGAGAUGGAACCCUAAUGAAAGAGCUACCGCUGAAGAAUUAUGCACUUUAUCAUUUUUUAAAGGCACUGUAGCGGAUCCAUAUUAUAUCAGCACUUUCAACACUUCAAGUUCAACAAAUUACUCUACUACUACUGCCUCUACUGCUGCAAUGGAAAAUUUCAAUUCAUUACCAAGCCAGAAUUUUACAAAUCAACAGGUAUAUUCUACAGCAAGUACAAAGUUCAACAAUAAGACUUCAAUCACAAAUACUGAACAAGCCAUGAUCUUUGCAGGAAUUAAACCAACUUUGUAUCAUUCACGUCCAUUGGUUUUCAAUUCCAAAAACAAUACUAAUAAUGGCAAAAACUCAAUAAUACUCAAUAGCAGUAAUAAGGAUAUCAAUACUGAAAAUAAUGAAAAUGUUGAUUUGAAUUAUGGUAAACAAAUAAUGAGUAUCAAUAAUUUCAAAAAAAAAGCUAUGGAUAUAAUAAAGAAACCAGGAAAGAUUGCCAAACAUCAACAAAGAGAAAUUUCUUUACAAGAGUUUUUACAAGAAACCGACAUUGUUGAAGAUCAGAUAGAAGAAGCUUUGAAUGAUGAUUGUGAAGAGGAUAAGAUUAUUGAAACUGAAACAGAUUCUACAAUUUCAGCCACACAAGAUGAGAUUGAACUUUCAAAGGAAAUUGAAAAUAGUCUGUCACUUUACCAAAUCCCUAACAAUAAUAACAGAAUCAAUACUCACCAAGUGCAUCAAAAUCUUACAGAAGAACCCGAUAGUAGUUUAAGACAGUUAGCAAGCGAUAUUGAAGCCUUAGAAGAACAUGACACAGAUUAUUUCUCACAGUAUUAUGAAAAAUUAUUGAUCCAAACAAAUGAAAUUUCACCAGACAAAGCAAAUGAAAGAAUUAAGAAUCUUAGUAACUGUAUACAGGAAGAUGCAGACAUUGAUGACUACAUUGCUUUACCCUACGUCAAUAAUCAGAAUUAUAUCCACUUUAAUAAUGAUGGUAAUAACAGUGGUGCUUGCAUUAAUAAACAAGACACUGAUCCAUCCUUGUAUCCAGUGAAUAAUCUAUUAAAUAACAUGUCUAUUGAUGAUUCUUUCAAUUCAUCAAUGAGCAUGAAAAUGCCUUGUGUGAUACCAAGAGGUUUUCUUUCACCACAGAUUGACAAUUCAAAUAAUAGCCAACGACAAGAUUGUUCAAUAAGUGUCCAUAGCCCGCAGUAUGGAAAUCUCACUUUUUAA